AUGAAUAUUGAAGUGUUCAAAGGUGAAGAAUUUUCUCAUCUUUAUCAGGAUCGGAUGUUUCCCUAUUCCCAAAAAGUUCUACACCUUGUUUUAAGCUACUUGGAAGAGAAGAAGGGACGACCCUUUGAAGUGGUUGUAGACGCUGGCUGUGGUACAGGAAGAUCCACAAGACCUCUGGCAGAACAUUUCUGUGAAGUGAUUGGAAUAGACAUAAGUGAGAGUCAGAUAAAGGUGGCAAGAAAAUGUACACCACAAAGGAACAUCACUUAUCAGGUCGCCUCAGUUGCUAAGAUGCCAUUGGAAGAUGCCUCUGUGGAUCUGAUUAAUGCAGAUGUUGCUGCUCACUGGUUCCCCAUAGACGAAUUCAUUACAGAAGCAACUCGAGUACUUAAAAAUAGAGGCUGUCUGGCAUUGCACUGUCUGUAUCCAACGUUUACUGUUAAAUAUAAGAAUUGUUCCGAAACACUAACAAACAUUUUCAAUGAGGCUUUUGAAUACCUCUGCAAGUUCGAGGUUAAGGGCCUGACAAUCUUAAAAUCUAAGUAUCAAGCAAUGUUUGAGGCCUUGCCAUUUGCUGGCAAGCAAAGGAUCACUGACAUACAAGAAAUGUUUCACCUAACUCUGGCAGAACUCUUGGGUUUCCUAAAGUCCACAUGUAUCUGUCGCAUAUUUCUAACAAAGGAUAAGGUCGCUGCGGUUGAUUUCUUGCAGAGUGUUAAGAAAAGGAUGGUUGACGCCAUGGGCGAAAUAAGUGGUGAAGAAAUUCUGGAGUUCCACGUCACGUAUUUCUGUAUCUUGGCAUAUGUCAGUGAAUCCAGCGGGUCCAGUGUCUACUCCGGGAAGGAGUCGGAGAUCGAGGAGAGGGGCAAUCGCGGCGCCAGUCAAAGACGUGCCGCCGGGGCCAGUGGCGGUGGAAGAGGCUGA